UUCCGACCCAUGAUCGUUCCAACCUUCCAACCUAACCUUCAAUAAGAACUGUCAUUGUACUGUCACUUCAAAUCAACAAUGAAUAUAAAUCAUUUAUAUUAUUACAAUUCGGAAUUUCUUCGAAUAUGCAUUUAAAUAUUGAAAAAAUGUAUAUAAUGGAUUAUUGAAUUUUAUAAAAAAUUGUGGGGUAGAAUUUAUUUUUAACUUUAAAAAAUGCAACGAGCAAAUCAAAAUGGUCCAAUUAAUAUUAAUGCAAAUCAUCAAAGGCAACCAAUUCGAGAUAUUAGACCACAGGGUUUAAAUAAUUCUGCAAUGUCUGUCUCGGAUCAAUUGAAGGAAUCAUGGUUUACUGCUAUUUUUAGUUCAAUACUAUUUGCAAUUGGCAUGUGCCUUCUUUUUUGGAACGAGGGUAAAGCUGUAAAAGUAGCCCAUUCUUUAGACGAAGCUUUAAGUAAUGUUGUAAUAUUUUCUAAUCCAGUCGAUUUUGACAAUGAAUAUGAAGGUCGUUUAGUUUAUUUCUCAGGACCUAUAGAGGUGGUGGAACCUUUAACUGAACCAGAAUAUGGAAUUAUUGUUGACAGUGUGAGAUUAAAAAGAAGAGUACAAAUGUUUCAAUGGACUGAGAUCAAGGAGGAGACAUACGAUUUGCCCGCUGAUUAUUAUUAUACACAGGAAUGGAAAGAUAAAUUAAUAGAUUCUGAUCGUUUUUAUAUACGAUUUGGACAUGAAAAUCCAAGGGAAAUUCCAAUAAAAAGUCAAGUACAAAUUGCAGAUGAAGUUAGAAUUGGAGCUUUUGUUUUUGGCACAGAAUUAAAGAAGAAAUUUACUGAUUAUGUGGAAGUUACAAGUGAUGAAAGACCUGAACGAAAGGAUAUAAAAAUGCAUUCAGGAUUGUAUUAUCAUAGUGAUGACUUGUGGAAUCCGAAGGUUGGAGAUAUUCGAAUACAAUUUUCAUACGCAGGAAAAGCUGGAGAUAUUUAUUCAAUUGUUGGAUUACUUUCAAAUGGAAAAAUAGAACCAUAUAUUACCACUCAUGGAGAGGAGAUUUUGCUUCAACGCAAACACCAAGUGACAAUAGAUCAAAUGUUUCAUCUCGAACAUGUUAACAAUUAUUGGAGAACUUGGAAAAUGAGAGGAUUAGGAUGGGGUUUUCUCUUCCUAGCAGCAACGUUUAUGGCAAAGAUUUUGAAAACUGUAGUUUUAAAUUCAAAUCUUCUGCACAGUUUAAUUGACUUGGAUUCAUUGAAUUUGUCAGUUUCAAUGUCAAUAACUUUAUUGGUAGUUGGAUUUGCUUGGGUGUGGUAUCGACCAAUUGUCGGUUUAUGUUUGGCUUUGGCUUCUAUUUUGCCAUUUAUGUAUUCAACUUUUUUUAAAAAUCCUUCAAAUCAACAGAGAGAUGAGUACCGAAGACUUUAACUCUUUC